UUUAAGCAAACAGUAACAGUAGCAGUAGAGUAGUAGACAUCAGUUUGGUUUCUGUUAUGGAACAAGUCACAAAACCAUAUGUCAAAGCACAUUUUUUCUCCAAUGUUUUCAACAAAUCGGGUGACUUUUCAAAAGUUUUCUAGUUUCAACGGUUGAUUGGGUAGCAAGAAAAAUACGAACUAAAAGACAAAAUAAAACGUUCAUAUGUUAGCAGUAGAUGACCCUGUAGAUGACCUAGUAUUUUAUACUUUUAUAAUAUGUGUUGUUCAGUUGGACUUGAAAUUGUAUCUAUUGUAUACAGUGGUGGUUUAUUGGUCAAGGAUAAAAAAACGAGCUAAUGACAAAAUUAAUUAUAACAUUUAAUGUAUUAGUUAUUCAGUCAUUUUAUAAAUAUGGAUAUAACCACGAAGUUCAUUCAGGACAUUUUCUGCUUAGAAAAUACAAUCUCAUUAUUUAAUGAAAAGUACAUCAUAGAUAAGUCGAUAUUCAAUCAUGAGUUACAGUGUAAUCUUCAAAUGUUUUGUAAAAAAAUCACUUAUCUGGAAAGGAUGUGGUCUAGAGUUUUGGCAGGCGAAUUAAGUUAUUCUAAUUGUUUAGAUAAUAUAAAUGAAACAUCGUCAAAUAAAUUAGAGACCACUGCUUACAAAACACUUAUGACAGACAAACUGAAUCGGAAUAAUCUUACAAACACGGCAGAUGAAUUUCAAAGUUUUCCUUUAAAUAAAAACACUAUCAACGUUCCAGAAUUGGAUGAAAAUCAGUUAGCAUUUCCACAAGCUAAAAUUUGUUUUACUGAAUUGUCUUCAUCUCAAAUACAGCAAGAAGAGCAAAUUAAAAGCAAUGUCACAGUGGAAAAUGCAGUUUUGACAUCUCAUGCACAAUCCAAACCUGCUAUUAAUGGCAGUAAAAUUGUUUCUAAGAAUAAAGUAAAUUUAUUUCCAGAAAUAAUUCCAAAGGAUAACUUGAUUCAAAUCUGUAACAUCUACUACUAUUGCCUCCAGUGUUCUACGUUAUUACACAAAUCAAAUUGUACUUCUCAUAUAUCUGGUAAAAAGCAUUCGGGAAAACAGCAAAUAACUCCUUUAUUAAAAUCAAGUGAUCUAUUAAUCUGUCUUGUUUGUAACUUGGCUUUUUUAAAAGUAAAACAUUCAAAAGUCAUAUAA